AUGUUCUUGGGCAGAGCUUGGAAGAUGCCGCUCAUUACUGUGUCAUCCUAUUUACUCCAUGUCUUUUAUUUCCUCCAGGGCUGUCUCCCAUACGAUGUUGCUUUUAGCCCCGCAAUAUUUUAUCCCUGUGAAAUGCCGAGCCAGCCCUCAAAAUCCGAUGAGCCUAAAAAUUAUUCAGAAACAUGUCUACUUUGUGGCAUAUACAUCUUGACGUUUGACGGGGGAACAAUAAGCCAUGAUCACCUGGAUGUGUUCAAGGAGUCUCAAUGGGAAAUCUAUCGCAAAUCCACGAUUCCUGAGCAUAUUCUCGUGCCAUCCACCGAACUGGAGAAUAAAAUUUUCUCCAAAUUUCCUUGGUUAUCAUCUUGCUAUCAGCGAGGGGAAACAUUCAAAUUUGAAGCUAAACGUAAAUUCAAGCUGUCAGAUAUGCCUAUUCUUCAAUAUAUGAACUCACGGGAAUUGGCCCAGUUGCACGUCUUGGUAAUCAGCCGUACCAGCUUCCAAGAGACAAAAAUACCGGACGAAUUUCUGGACGAGAGGCGAUACCACAGAGCUCACUGGAUGCAAAUAAGUCUUUAUAAACACAAAAAUAUGGGAUAUAUCCUUGGCCAUCUGGUGGGGAAAGAAUUGAUCGAGAAGAGACUUGGUCAAGUUGUUCAGGCUGUGAGGAUGUAUUGGCAAACCCAUAAAGGAUGGGGUGUUACUGACACAGAUACCUUAUUUCGUGCCCAGCUCGACGGGGCUAUAUACGCGAGAUGUGAGAGCUACGUUCGCGGCUGUGAUAUCUUUAGCUUCAAAAUGCAAUCUAACUUGCCCAAAAUACGACUUCCCCUCGAGAUCUCCCUUCAGGUGGCGGAAAUCAUUUGCCCUAUUAUCUACGCUCAAUCCGAUGUGCAGAAUAUGCGUAAUAUGUUAUCUGUGUUUGCAUUGAAUUUACCAGAUGCCUUUUAG